ACUGUGUUCAGUUCCACAUGAAUUAUCUUUUCUCUAGACGUGGAAAACUCCAGAGGGAGUCAGACUUCAUGGCCAGUGUAGACAGCAGCUGGAUCUCAUGGGGUGUGGGAGUUUUCAUCCUAAAGCCCCUCAAAUGGACCCUCUCCAGCGUGCUGGGGGACAGCAAAAUUCCUGAGGAAGAGGAGGUUCUGAUUUAUGUGGAGCUGCUUCAGGAGAAGGCAGAGGAAGUUUAUCGCUUCUACCAGAACUCUGCCCUCUCUUCCCACCCCGUGGUCGCCCUCUCCGAGCUGCGCUCCCUCUGUGCCGGGCUCUGCCCAGAUGAAAGGACCUUCUACUUGUUGCUGCUGCAGCUGCAGAAGGAGAAGAGGGUCACCAUCCUGGAACAGAAUGGAGAGAAGAUCGUGAAGUUUGCCCGAGGUCUCCACGCCAAGGUGUCCCCAAUGAAUGAUGUGGACAUCGGAGUUUAUCAGUUGAUGCAGAGUGAGCAGCUGCUGUCACAGAAGGUGGAGUCCCUUUCCCAGGAAGCAGAGAAGUGUAAAGAGGAUGCCAGGAGUGCAUGCAGAGCUGGGAAGAAGCAGCUGGCCCUGAGGUGCCUCAAGUCGAAGCGGAGGACUGAGCGGCGCAUCGAGGAGCUGCACUCCAAGCUGGAUGCAGUGCAGGGAAUCCUGGAUCGGAUCUACGCCUCCCAGACCGACCAGAUGGUGUUUAAUGCCUACCAGGCUGGAGUGGGAGCUCUGAAGCUUUCCAUGAAGGAUGUGACUGUGGAGAGGGCAGAGAACCUGGUGGAUCAGAUCCAAGAGCUUUGUGAUACUCAAGAUGAAGUGGCCCAGACUCUGGCUGGAGUAGGGAUCAAUGGUCUAGCAGAGAUGGACUCUGAGGAGCUGGAGAAGGAGCUGGACAGUCUCCUGCAGGACUCGAGUAAGGAUUCCGUGGAUCUGCCUCCCGUUCCCCAGAUGGUGCUGAGUGCCCGUGUCUCCGAUGCCGAGCUGGAAGCUGAGCUGGAGCAGCUCUCUGUGUCUGCUGGAGAUCUGGCACAAAAGACUCCCUCUGCUUCUUCUGAACCCAAAACAGCUCUGGGACUGAACCUCUGAAGAGCCAACAGAAUCCUGUUGCUGCAGUUUGGGAAGUUGUCUCAAUGUUCCUUAAGUCAUGACCAGAACUUCCAAGGAGAGGGGGACACCCCCCUGUCCUUCUGGAUCUGUCUUUGCUCAGCAGCAGGAGCUCCUGCCAUGACAAUCCGCUCUGGACCUGGCCCCAGCUGGUGUUUGUCAUCUCUGUGCCAACAUCUGCACCGGUCUUGACCUGACUCGUGACGCCAAGUCACUGCCACAUCCAGUCUUCCCUCCUGGGAAUACAGUUCCAGCGAAGAUAAACUCUUCUGUGUCCAUAACAAUGCUCAGUUUUGGGUUUGAUUUUGAUUUCUCUUCCUUUGCUGUGGCUGGUGUUGAGAAUCUGAGUAGCAGCAGCGUUGCAGUG